CCACUUCCUACACACUCUUUCCCAUCUACCAGCAACUCCUCACUCAUCCUCGAGCACGACGGACCACUGCUGUCUGUAUCAAGUGUCCGCGAACUUCCACCACCUCCUUACUAUACACUUCGCUCAGCUGCAACUGUGAAAUCUCUUGAAUUCACCAUGGCUACCGCCAAUGGCACCACAAACGGUGUCAAUGGCACUGCACCAAAAGAGGCCCUCUCCGCCAACGACAACAUCCAGCGCUUCGUAGCACCCAGCAGGCCCCUCAGCCCAACUCCCGUCCACACCCUCUUCCACCCCAAGACGAGAUGUUUCGUCUACGGCAUGCAGACCAAGGCCGUGCAGGGCAUGCUCGACUUUGACUUCAUCUGCAAGCGUAAGACGCCUUCAGUCGCUGGAAUAAUCUACACCUUCGGCGGCCAGUUCGUCAGCAAAAUGUACUGGGGAACCUCCGAGACUCUCCUCCCUGUCUACCAAUCGCCCGAAGCUGCAAUGGCCAAACACGCCGAUGUCGACACCGUGGUCAACUUUGCCUCCUCGAGAUCCGUCUACACCUCAACCAUGGAGCUCAUGGAGUACCCACAGAUCAAGUCGAUCGCCAUCAUCGCUGAGGGUGUCCCAGAGCGGCGCGCACGUGAGAUUCUGCACGUUGCAAAGAAGAAGGGUGUCACAAUCAUUGGCCCUGCCACAGUCGGUGGUAUCAAGCCCGGUGCAUUCAAGAUUGGAAACACUGGUGGUAUGAUGGACAACAUUGUGGCCUCCAAGCUGUACCGCAAGGGCUCUGUCGGCUACGUCUCCAAGUCUGGAGGUAUGUCAAACGAGCUGAACAACAUCGUGGCACAGGAGACCGAUGGAGUGUACGAGGGUGUGGCCAUUGGUGGUGACAGAUACCCUGGUACCACCUUCAUUGACCACAUGCUCCGAUACGAAGCCGAUCCCGAGUGCAAGAUUCUGCUCUUGCUUGGUGAGGUCGGUGGUGUUGAAGAAUACCGCGUGAUUGAGGCGAAGAAGGCUGGCAUCAUCAAGAAGCCCAUUGUUGCCUGGGCCAUUGGUACCGUUGCCAGCAUGCUCAAGACGGAGGUGCAGUUCGGUCACGCUGGCUCCAUGGCCAAUUCUCAGCUCGAGCAGGCUGCUCAGAAGAACAAGGCUAUGAGAGAGGCCGGUUUCUUCGUCCCAGAAACUUUCGAGGAUCUGCCACAAGAGCUCUCCAAGGUCUACCAAACGUUGGUCAAGGAGGGCAAGAUCAAGCCUGCUCCGGAACCAGCUGUUCCCAAGAUUCCAAUCGACUAUUCGUGGGCACAGGAACUCGGCCUCGUUCGUAAGCCAGCUGCCUUCAUCUCCACCAUUUCCGAUGACCGUGGCCAAGAACUUCUCUACGCUGGUCUUCCCAUCACCGAAGUCUUCAAGGAGGACAUUGGUAUUGGUGGUGUCAUGUCCCUACUGUGGUUCCGCCGCAGACUGCCCAAAUACGCCUCCAAGUUCUUGGAGAUGGUGCUCAUGCUUACUGCCGACCACGGUCCAGCUGUGUCUGGUGCCAUGAACACCAUCAUCACGACGCGUGCUGGCAAGGAUCUCAUCUCGUCUCUCGUCGCCGGUCUGCUCACCAUUGGAUCGCGUUUCGGUGGUGCUCUCGAUGGCGCUGCAGAGGAGUUCACCCGCGCUUUCGACAAGGGUCUCUCUCCACGUGAUUUCGUCGAUACCAUGAGGAAGGAAAACAAGCUCAUCCCUGGAAUUGGUCACCGUGUCAAAUCACGAAACAACCCCGAUCUUCGUGUUUCCCUCGUCAAGGAAUACUGUCAGAAGAACUUCCCGUCGACCAAGCUCCUCGACUACGCCAUUGCCGUCGAGACGGUCACAACGUCGAAGAAGGACAACCUGAUCCUGAACGUCGAUGGAUGUGUCGCGGUCUGCUUCGUUGAUCUCCUCCGCAACUCUGGCGCUUUCUCAGCGGAAGAAGCCGAAGACUACCUCAAGAUGGGUGUCCUCAACGGUCUCUUCGUCCUCGGUCGAUCGAUUGGUCUCAUUGCUCACUUCCUGGACCAGAAGCGUCUGCGUACUGGUCUCUACAGGCAUCCUUGGGAUGAUAUCACUUACCUCCUCCCAGAGCUCGGCAAAGGUGCUCCCGGUAACGAGGGUCGUGUCGAAGUCUCGAUAUGAGAGGAGACACCUUCGCCUUGAUAUCCAUUUUGCGGUGAUUGCUUCUUGUUGUUAGCGACGAGGGUUAUAGUUCUCACGGCUGGCGUUUUCAUGAGAUGUCACGGCGCGAUGAAAUAUGCCGUCGUGUAUGGAAAAUUUUAGAUGGUUCGGGAACUUCUAUUGAGUUGUAGAUAUACCCACAGAUCGAUGCCCGAGAUGGCAUUCGCACUGUAAUAACACGCGCCAGCGAGCGUCACAAUCAUUGACACCUCAC